UCCUUCUUUAAAAUAAUAAAAUGCAAUUGCCUCCUGUAUUACGUGAUCCAGCUAUUGGGAUUAUUGGAGAAAAAUGCUACGUCUCGCUUAUUGAAAACUUAAAUAUUGGAGAUAAAGAUUGUAUUAAAUAUGUCAUUAGCAAAGGACUUGGUCUUGGUAUUGUCUUGGGUGGAUCUAUCGUGAAAAUACCUCAAAUAUUGACAAUUCUUAGAAACAAAUCAACAGAAGGAUUGUCUUUUACAAGUUAUUUAAUAGAGACACUUUCUUAUUUUAUUACACUUUCUUAUAAUUUACGACAAGGAAAUCCAUUUAGUACUUUUGGUGAAAUCAUGUUUAUUUGCAUUCAAAAUGUUUUGAUUAUGGUUCUCAUGUUUCAGUUUAGUAGAAAGAUAACUAAACUCGUGUUCACUCUAUUGUCACUAGGUAGUUUAUGGUAUUGUCUUAAUGAUCAAACAAUUAUUUCCCCUGUUUUGAUGAGCACUUUAUUUGCUACUACAAUCCCUCUAAAUUUAGCAGCUAAAAUACCACAAAUUUAUACAAAUUUCAAAAAUAAGUCAACAGGACAAUUGUCAGUAUUUACUGUUGUCAAUUAUCUUGCUGGUAGUUCUGCUCGUGUUUUUACAACAAUGACAGAAAUUGAUGAUCCUUUAAUGCUAUUUGGAUCACUUUUAGCAGCUAUUUUUAAUGCUAUUCUUGUUCUACAAGUCUUUAUUUAUUGGGGCAAUAACAAACAUGUUAAAAUGGAAUAAUAAAAAUUUUAAUUGGACCAGAUUUUUUUUUAAAAAAAAUAUUAGGGCAGACGGAACCUUUUUUUUUUUAUGUUUCGUUUCUGUAUCAAAC